AUGCCAAUCAAGUGGACCUCAGAGUUGGAUGCCAUCCUUCUCCACGGCGUCUUUGAAGAAUGCAACAUCUCCUUCAACAAGAGCCUUUGUACCAAGAUCGCUGAGCGCGUUUCUGCCGCUGGCAUGGAAUGCACAGCCAAAGCUGUCGAGAACCGCUUGUACUCGUGGAAGAAGAAGAAUGUCUCCGGCCAGACCAACCUCAAUUCCGCCACCAACACGCCGUCCAAGUCCUCCGCUGCGAACACCCCAAAGUCCACUCCACGUCCCCGCGCCAAGGCCACUCCUCGCAAGAAGAAGCAAGUUUCCGAGGACGUCGACAGCGGUGGCCCUUCCGGGCUUAUCGAUGAUGAUGAGGUCCUGAGUCCCACCGCUGCGAGGGGCAAGCGCGGUAUGAGCGGCGGUGUAAAGAAGGAGGUUCAGUACAAGGAGAGUGAUGCGGAAGACGAGGGAGAGGUGGAGGAAGAUUAUGUUCCCAUGGCAAAGAGGGUCAAGGCUGAGCCGGUUGAGAAUGACGAGAUCUUCUGCAAUGACUUGGUCGAAGACGAGGUCUGA